ACGUCGCAGUGAAAUAUUGGAGAAAUUUUUUCAAAUAAAAGUGCCGAUUUCUCAAAAAUUUACUAAAAAAAUGGGGGGGUUUCAAAGCUCACCAGUUCCUGGAGGAGGUACUGAAGGAUAUCACGUGCUUCGGGUUCAGGAGAAUUCACCAGGCCACCAUGCUGGCCUUGAAGCCUUCUUUGAUUUCAUUGUUGCUAUUGGAAAUACAAGAUUGAAUCAAGACAAUGAGAACCUGAAGGACAUAUUGAAAUCAAACGUGGAGAAACCCGUCAAAAUGUUAGUUUAUAGCAGUAAGGCACAGAAAGUUCGUGAGGUUACUAUCAUUCCAAGCCACACUUGGGGUGGACAAGGACUCCUUGGAGUUAGUAUCAGGUUUUGUUCAUUUGAUGGCGCCAAUGAAAAUGUCUGGCAUGUCCUGGAUGUGCAGCCAAACUCUCCAGCAUCGAUGGCAGGCCUCCUUUCCGACUCUGACUACAUCAUCGGAGCAGACUCUGUUUUACAUGAGAGUGAAGAUCUAUUCACAUUGAUCGAGUCUCACGAAGCGAAACCCCUGAAACUCUACGUCUACAAUACGGACACCGACAAUUGUCGGGAAGUAACGAUAACGCCUAACAGUGCCUGGGGCGGCGAAGGAAGUCUCGGUUGUGGUAUAGGCUACGGUUAUCUCCACCGCAUCCCAACGCGGCAAUUCCCCGACUCCAAAGAAGCCAAGGAGCUGGAAGAGUCACUUGCUAAGCGACCGAACGCGCCAGCAGACGGAUUCUCUGAGGUGGCACUGUCUUCACCAAUGUCUGGAACGGCACCAAAUAGUACGGUUACGCCGUUAGGGAAUCCCGAGUUGAACACAGGCGUGCCAACGAUACCCGUCAUACCAACAUCUGGCUUGACGCAGAAUGCAGCUUCAUCGUUAAAUACAAAGUAUCCUGGUGCUUACCCGGGCGGUCUCCCAGCACCUUCUACCAUGCCUAAUAUUGCUAAUUUCCCCCCAAUGCCGCCAUUAACGACGCCUGUAUCUUUAGGAAAUAUGCCGCCAAUCUCAAUAGGACAGUUACCGCCGUUGUCGGGCAUGUCACCGUUACCGGCUAUGACGUUUCCGUCAGAUAUGAGUACGCCCAUGUCUUUUCAAAAUAUGCCUCCUCUCCCGAUGAACAUGAAUUUUCCAACGCCCUCGCCACUGCCGAACCUUCCCACGAGCAUAGCGACCACGGCAGCGCCGCCUAACAUCAAUUCCACAAUUACCAGUGUCGGCAAAUUGAAUAUUUCUGGAACGGGAACGCAGGAAGCCGGGGAUGCAACGACCGCGCCAGUAACGGAGACAACACCGGUGCAACCGGCACAACCGGAGGGAGCGGUUGACAGCGUCGGAGCGUAGAUUUCACAUCUUCUUUAGAUUCUUGACUUUCUUUAUGGUGUGGGAUUCUGGGUAACGAUAUUCAGUGAGGAGAGGAGUGUGACUUUGAAAUCGCGCGUCCAUGAAAUGUAAGAGAUCGUAACACUGGUUUAGGCAUUGGAUGCUAAAGAAAAGUAAUCUGAUUACACACUUUAAAUCACAUUAUUCAUUCUUCAAUUUUAGAUGUUUUAGAACAGAAUUUGAUGCCUCAUUGUCGGUAUUGAUUGUCUUGUCACAACUGCGAGGGUGGAGCUAAAAUCUUGGUCAAACCUUGGCUCGGUUUUGGUCUACAUUUUUGCUCGAACCUUGUGGUUAGGCAACCAAUCCCUCCAGUUCUGUACCAGUUCCUUAAGCCUCGUUUGUCAUCAGACCCCCAGGUUAUUUGUCUGUGCUUUGUUUGUGUAUGCCGUGACCGCCCUACGAUGACAGUGUUGUAAUCAACAUGUUCAUUAUGCCGUUGAUCGUUUUGAUCUCUGUAAAUAGACUCUCUUUUGUAGUGUGUACAAAAUUCAGAAUGUUAAAAUAUCUAACAGCAGAACUGCAGAAUCCAAAUCUUUGCAAAAUGAGUAGCUACUUGCCAAAAGGUUCUCCUUCUUAGUGGCACUUCAAGGGCCGGACCAACCGCUUGAAAAAAAACUUCUGUAAAAGAUAGCUGCAUAAGGAUCCUGUAAGAGCAACUCAAGGACCAGAGUUUUCUGAGUCUGUUGCGAAAAUAAAGCUAACCCCUUACUAUAACUAUAUUUCAACAAAAUUCUCUCCUGCACUCCCCGACCCCCUCCAAAAAUUCCUUACGUCAGAAUCGCCUUAAAAUAGUCAAUGGGUUUUAGCGAUGACAUUGUUUCCGUUCCUACCUUUUCCAGCGGGUGGCGUUCAUUUCGUUUGAACGUUGAAGCCUUUAGAGCAGGAAGAGGUGGUUAUGGUCCAUUAAGAUCUUCGUGGUUUGGCUGUAUAAGUGUUAAAAAUGAGUUCUGGAAUAGUAAUUGAGGCUGACCACCAAAUUUAUGGGCGAUGAAUGAGUUAUAACCAACCAUAUACUUGAUUUGUAUAUACUUAAUUUCAACUUUAAGCCAAAAAAGAGACCACUUUUUUGCCCUGAUGUAAAUAAUAACAAAUUAUAUUAUGUUAACACUCAUGUGUUCUAGUAGAUGCUAAUAGUAAUAUAUUUAUUUAUCCCACAAUGAGUGUAUUCAUUGUGGGAUAAUUUAAUGGGUGAGAGGCAGGAGCUUAGUUCUAUCCGAGCCGGCACAAAUGAUGAUUCAUAUCACCCAUUGAGGGAUUAUUUCAAUUGCCUCCUCAUGCACCUCACUCACACUAUAAUGCACUCAAGUUGGUCAAUGGAACAGCUUUAGUCCUUCUCGAUGUACAUGUAGAUUGGUUUUGUACAUUGGCAGUUGAAGCAAGCUUAUGUAAAUCAAGUCUCACACGUACAAUCUUGACCAUUGUUGGCCUAUUUAUUGAGGACUUGGUCCAAAACAUGCAUGGAAAGUUCUUUUUGGUUGUGUAAGCCUGCGUGGCUCACUAUUUGUAAAUGUUGGUCUCACGAUUUCUUCAUAUUGUAAAGAUAUCCAUAUUGUGAACGGUUCCUUGACAUGCCAAAUAAAAAAUAUUCUCAACUGCAGUAAAACCUCUCUAUUAAAGGACAGCCGGGACUGACAAGUGCUGUCCAUAAUCAAGAGGUGUCCUGAAUAGAGAGGUCAUUUUGAAUGGAAACAACCAAUCGGGGACCAAAACUCAUGUCUUUAAUGGGGAGGUUGUCCUUAAUAGAGAGGUGUCCAUUAAAGGAGGUUCCUCUGUACAUCUUUGUGAGCCUUACAGAUAUCAUCUGGGGGAAGUCAUCUUUAAAGUCGCCUCUUUCAAGUGUACCGCCACUGUGGUGGCUCUCUUGUGCAGAUAGUAAAGAGUUCAAUACCUGUGUUAUUAUAUAAGGGGAAAUGAUGUCCCCAGGAAUUGUCCGCUAUUCCCUGUUACUUUCUCUCUUUACACUCUUUACUGGGAAAUCGAAGUUAUGAAAAAUAAAGGUAAAGUUUAUUUAUA